CUUUGGUCCGAUACACAGUGUUCCGACACCAUCCCUAAUAGACAGACAUGGCGGGUACCGGGAUAACAGUGGCGCUGAUCGCAGUGAUGAUCCAGAUUAUCUCCGCCUCUAAACUGAUGAAUGUCGAUAGUCACCAACUUGCCGACAAGGAAGGUCAGGCAUCUCAGCUCAACUAUAUACAGGCGAUAAGUAAAGUCCUAAAGGCUAGGGAUACCAAGAAAAAUGAUCUAAACACGGAAAAUGUAAAACCCCUGAAGAGAAAUAGGGAUCCUUUUGCGUACCAAAACGAUUGUACCGACGACCACAUCUAUUGCGAUAGAUGGGCGGCCAUUGGGGAGUGUUUUAAUAACCCGAUUUAUAUGCAAACUAACUGCCGAUAUUCAUGCGGAAUAUGCUGUGCAAACAACAACGCCCAAUGUGGAUACUGGGCUGCCACUGGGGAGUGUUAUAUAAACCCGGAUUACAUGCUAGUAAACUGUCGUUUGUCCUGUGGGGAGUGCUGUGCCGACAACCAUAACAGAUGCGAAUACUGGGCGGCAACUGGGGAAUGUUUUGAGCAAAUUGAUUUCAUGAUGGAGAACUGUGCGAUGUCCUGCGGUCAAUGUCCUGGAGGUGGCCUUUACGACGGACGUGACGUCACAAGGGACCUCGAUAGCAGCCUACCCGGCACCAGGGAUGACUCACGCGAACAACUCGGGACUGAUGAUAAAUUGAAACGGGCUAAAGCGCACUGGGAACCUCGAACAUCGACAUCUUCAAAGGGACACAAUGGGCCGCCAGGCACACGAGACGCUGGAUCAAAGUAGAUAAAUAUGGAAAGGAGUAGCAAUCUACAAUCUGAUGGUAACACUAGAUAUGUAUGUGUCAUUUUCUUGGAACGACAUACUUUCGCUCUGAAGGUCACAUUGCAAUGAGUUUCAACAGAUAUUACUUUCAAAUAUCAAUGCUACAGUAGUUUCAAUUUUCCGAACACAAUACUGAUUUCAAUAUACAAUUCAGUCGAGGAAUGCUUGUUCUAAUUAUGUAUACAGAUUUCCAGUAUGAUUAUUACUUUGUAUUUAUGACAAGCUAGAGAGGACAGUGUACACAGGGAACACGCGUGGAGAAGCGACACGAUCACGGAACACGCGCGGAGAAGCGACACGAUCACGGAACACGCGUGGAGAAGCGACACGAUCACGGAACACGCGCGGAGAAGCGAUACGAUCAAGGAACACGCGCGGAGAAGCGACACGAUCACGGAACACGCGCGGAGAAGCGACACGAUCAUGGAACUAUCAGUUUGAUACAUUUCUGGCAAUAACAUAUGUUUUGAUCAAAACCACUCAUUCAUUGAAGAGAACACACCCUCACAUGUAUGUGUUAUGUUAUAUAUCAAUAAAUAAAAGAAGUAAUCUUUAUAAAUAUUU